GGCGGGCGGCCAAGCGGCGCGGCACUGGGACGCAGCCCUCGGCCUCAAGAACCGACGCGAGAGUGCCCGCUGGCCCAGUUCAGUCAGAGGCUCCGGUCGUAUCCCGGGGGGUGCUAGAGCUAGAAGCGUCAGGGCUCAGGCUGGGGUGCGAGUUCGCGGUGUGCGUGUGAAGCCGAGGAUAGGGCCGGUGCUUGUGAGCCUGGUUGGAGGGGGGACCUGGGUCGGCUGAGGCGCUUGGGAUGAGCCAAGUGGGCUGAGAGGUGAGAGUCUGGGGUAUGUGUGAGAGUGUAUGCCAGAUAGGCAAGUUGGGAUUUGGGAGUGUUGGAUGUGUGGUCUAGACGGGUCUGGCAUGGUGAUGAGGGAAGAGGUUUCCAGGAGUGAAUGAGCUAGAACGGGAACCGAGAGCUUAUUUAUUUCAUGACUGGAUGGAAGGGGGAGAGAGUUUCUGGAGGAGCAGGGAGUUGGGGAGAGUUGGUUUCCCCUGAGAGGAGUUACUUCUCUGAGUUGCCUUCGUGGAAGAAAGGGGCAAAGGAAAACCAGAGACCUGGAGGAAGAGGAGGACGACAGUAGUUCAGAUAUCUCCUUCUCGCUCUCAUCAGAAGCGUCUGAGAUGGAGCCUGAAGAAGAACGGAUUCGUUACAGCAAAAGACUGCGUGGUGCUAUGAGACGGCGCUAUGAGGACGAUGGCAUCUCGGAUGAUGAAAUUGAGGGCAAGCGUACAUUUGACCUUGAAGAUAAACUUACCACAAACAAAUUUAAUGCCAACUUUGUAGUCUUCAUGGAAGGCAAAGAUUUUACUGUGGAAUACAUUCAGCGUGGAGGCUUAAGAGACCCUUUGGUCUUCAAGAACUGUGAUGGGCUUGGAAUAAAAAUGCCAGAUCCAGACUUCAGUGUGAAUGAUGUACGACUCUACGUCGGGAGUCGGAGGAUGGUGGAUGUCAUGGAUGUGAACACACAAAGGGACAUUGAGAUGACUAUGGCACAGUGGGCACGCUACUAUGAAACUCCAGAGGAAGAGCGGGAGAAGCUCUAUAACGUAAUAAGCCUGGAGUUUAGUCAUACCCGGCUUGAGAACCUCGUGCAGAGACCAACUACGGUGGAUUUGAUUGAUUGGGUUGACAACAUGUGGCCAAGGCAUCUGAAGGAAAGCCAGACAGAAUCAACAAAUGCCAUUCUGGAUAUGCAGUAUCCAAAGGUGCAGAAGUACUGUCUGAUGAGUGUCAAGGGCUGCUAUACUGAUUUCCAUGUGGACUUUGGUGGCACUUCUGUAUGGUAUCACAUUCACAGAGGGGGAAAGAUCUUCUGGUUAAUUCCACCCACCCCCCAGAACCUGGAAUUGUAUGAAAAUUGGCUGCUCUCGGGGAAACAAGGGGACAUCUUUCUUGGUGACAGAGUGUCAAAUUGUCAACGUAUUGAACUCAAACAGGGUUAUACCUUUGUUAUACCUUCAGGUUGGAUCCAUGCAGUGUACACUCCUAUGGACACCCUAGUUUUUGGGGGUAAUUUUCUCCACAGCUUCAACAUCCCUAUGCAGCUACGGAUCUACAGCAUAGAAGACCGCACACGGGUCCCAAAUAAGUUUCGCUAUCCUUUUUAUUAUGAAAUGUGCUGGUAUGUACUAGAGCGCUAUGUCUACUGCAUCACCAGUCGUUCCCAUCUGACAAAGGACUUUCAGAAGGAGUCGCUCAAUAUGGAUAUGGAGCUGUGCAGCUCGGAGUCAGGAAAUGUGGAUGAAGAUGAUGCUGCAUCAGGGAAGGACUCACGCCGCCCAGUCACCAGACGCUCAGUCCUCACCAGCCCUGUGGCCAAUGGUGCUAAUCUAGACUAUGAGGAGUUGGGCAGAAGCUGUCGGAAUUUGCCAGGUCUCAAGAGAACUCUGUCCAUGGAUUCUGAGUCCAGCCGUGGCUCUCACAAUGGCCAGGCCUGGGACUCUCACAGCAACAGUCCUCAUAAAGGCAAGAAGGUACACCUGACACAAUUUGAGCUCGAGGGUCUGCGCUGUCUUGUAGACAAGUUGGAGUCUUUGCCUCUACACAAGAAGUGUGUGCCUACAGGCAUAGAAGAUGAAGAUGCCCUUAUUGCAGAUGUUAAGCUGCUGCUGGAGGAAUACGCAAACAGUGAUCCCAAACUGGCAUUGACUGGAAUCCCUAUUGUCCAGUGGCCGAAGAGGGAUAAGCUCAAACUUCAGACUCGGCCAAAGUUAAGAUUACCUACCAUCCCUAUCACCAAGCCACACACCAUGAAACCAGCUCCACGGCCUGCAACUGUGAGACCCACAGUCUCUCCUAUAGUAUCUGGUGCACGCAGAAGGCGGGUGCGAUGUCGUAAAUGCAAGGCCUGCCUGCAGGGUGAAUGUGGCAUGUGCCAUUACUGCAGGGAUAUGAAGAAGUUUGGGGGGCCUGGUCGUAUGAAGCAGUCUUGUAUAUUGCGGCAGUGCUUGGCGCCCAGACUGCCUCACUCUGUCACGUGUGCACUUUGUGGGGAAGUAGAUAAGACUGAGGAUUCACAGAACUUUGAAAAGAAGUUAAUGGAGUGCUGCAUUUGCAAUGAAAUUGUUCACCCUGGCUGUCUACAGAUGGACGGGGAAGGGCUACUGAAUGAUGAAUUGCCCAACUGCUGGGAAUGUCCGAAGUGCUACAAGGGAGAUGAGUUGGAGAAAGGCCAGAGAGUCCACCAGCAAAUAAACACUGGCAUCCUGAGGAAAAAAACAGUGUUGAGAGGGCAGCAGCAUCAACUUUCAUCUACUAAACAGCGAAAGUACUUUCGGUGGCAGAAGCUGACCAUGUUGCCCCAGCAGAAAUAUGGUUACAAGAUCCUGCACAGAGCUGUGCCUGCUAUCCCAGCAAAGAGCAUCCCAGUGAAGAAGCGGAAAAUGGAUGAUGGCGAUGAUGACACAGUCCAAGCCAAAGUCCUGCGCCCCUUGCGAAGCUGUGAGGAACCUCUAACUCCACCACCACAUUCGCCUACCCCAAUGCUGCAGCUGAUCCAUGACCCAGUGUCUCCACGGAGCAUAGUGACACGGUCCUCUCCAGGGGCAGGUCCUAGUGACCAUCAUGGCGCUGGCCGUGAUGAACGUUUCAAGAGGCGCCAACUGCUUCGGCUGCAAGGCACAGAACGCACAGUGGUGCGGGAAAAGGAGAAUAACCCUAGUGGCAAGAAAGAGCUUUCAGAGGUAGAAAAAGCCAAGCUCCAUGGCUCUUAUCUAACUGUCACAUUACAAAGACCUACCAAAGACAUGCAUGGCACUUCCAUUGUGCCCAAGCUGCAGGCGAUCACUGCCUCCUCCACCAAUCUGCGUCACUCGCCCCGUGUGGUCAUGCGCCAAAGUUCAGCCAGAACUCCCCAACGGGGUGGAGAUGAAGAAGCCGCUGACGAGGAAGAGGAUGAUGAAAGUGCAGAUGAGGACGAUGAGAGUUCUGAGGAGAACGGGGCAGCCAGACUGAAUGGCCAAGGGGGUAGGGCACCUGAGGGUGAGGAGAUCUGGAUGCAGAAGGAAGUGUGGAUGUCAGUCUUCCGCUAUCUUACUCAUAAGGAGCUCUGUGAAUGUAUGCGUGUGUGCAAAACGUGGUACAAAUGGUGUGGUGACAGGAGACUAUGGACGAAGAUUGACUUGAGCAGGUACAAGUCUAUCACACCCCAGGCUCUGGGUGGCAUUAUCAGGAGGCAGCCAGUCAGCCUGGACCUCAGCUGGACCAAUAUUUCCAGAAAACAGCUUACCUGGCUGAUCAACAGACUACCAGGCCUCAAAGACCUCAUCUUGGCAGGCUGCUCCUGGUCAGCAGUAUCUGCUCUCAGUACCUCCACAUGCCCACUUCUCAGGACCCUCGAUCUUCGGUGGGCAGUAGGAAUCAAGGAUCCUCAGAUUCGGGACUUGCUCACACCUCCAUCAGAUAAACCCAGUCAAGACAAUCGCAGCAAACUCCGUAACAUGACAGACUUCCGGUUGGCUGGGCUGGACAUUACUGAUGCCACACUACGGCUCAUCAUCCGCCACAUGCCUCUGCUCUCCCGACUUGAUCUUAGUCACUGCAAUCACCUUACAGACCAGUCAGCCAACUUACUAACAGCUGUGGGGUCUUCCACACGCAACUCACUCACUGAAAUCAACAUGGCAGGCUGCAAUAAGCUCACAGACCAGUCCCUUCUAUACCUACGGCGCAUCUCUAAUGUCACCCUGAUUGACCUGCGAGGCUGCAAGCAGAUCACCCGCAAGGCCUGUGAGCACUUCAUCUCAGAUCUGUCAAUCAACAGCCUCUACUGCCUAUCUGACGAGAAGCUAAUUCAGAAAAUCAGCUAGAGAUUUGCCACAGAGAGACUGAAGAGAAGGAAAGAUUCCAGACAACCCCUCUUGGAGAGCAGACCUCCCCACCCCACACACACCAUUUCCCCCACUUCUAUAGGCAGGGACAAGGCUGACCUGAUUGCAGUCACAAUGUCCCUCCCCACUUGGGAUUUCUGCAAACCAGAAAGCCCCACCAGGCAAAUCAGCAUUUGAGGAAGUGGCAACAAGAGAUUGCUGAAUGGGUGCUCUUGUGGGGUACUUGCUUAGCAGCUACACGCUCUAACUUUUUGUGGGGUUUUUUGUAGCAACGUUUUCAGGGGAAAUAUGUCCCUUCUCUUUUCUGCCUCACCUGCCCCCAUGAAUCCCAUAAAAACACAUUUCACUUCCUCAUCCGAUUAUGGGGACAUCACACCUGGAUGAUGUACAGCAGGUGCACACCUGUUCCCUGUUGCCCUGCUGUUCUGGUAUGCGAUUGUUCCGAAAGUCACUGGGCUGGGAGUGACCUCUCCCUGCCUGCCAUACUCUGCUAAGCUUCCUUUUCUUGCCCUUCAGCAGCUGAAUGGGCAGUUGAUGCUUUGUGCUGAUGACUCGGAGGCCCACAGUAGCAGUGUUUCUUACGUCAUGAGGGGAUCUCCAUGUGGCCUUGCGUUAGCCUGCAGGCACCUUCCAACUUCAGGCUAGUGGGGGAAUGGCUGAGCUUUCACUUGGAGGCAGCCAUGUUCUUGUCGUAAGCUUCCCCAAGAGGGAGGCCAAGCAGGUAUGUCUUACCUUUCCUAAUCUGAAAAGAUGGCAAUGUUUGUAGAGGGAAGACUGCAGCAGAGCUUGAAGUCUUGAGAGGCAUCUAGUGGGAUUUCUCACACCAGCGGAAAUGGUCUCUGCUUGUCCCAUGUUCUGCAGUCUGCUGAAACAAGCACUCUCGGAGAAGAAAUGCCUACAUCUUGGGUGCAUAGCUGUUGGCUCUUGAGACGGGUGAAUGCCCCCAUUAGCUGCCUCUCUUCCUUUGCAAUGAAUGGCCGGUCCAAAGAACUUCUCUCUUGGGCAGCAGAGAGCUUUUUGCACUUUAGAAAGAAAGGUAAUAUUUUGGGUCCCUAUUUUAUUUCCCUCUGCCUGAGUGACUGGACUCUCCUUCCAGCUGUCUGAGCUUGUCAGGGUUUGAAUGCACACUUUGCACUCUGCUCUCUUCCCCAUAGUGAUAGCACAAAUUAGACCGCCCUUCACCCCGCCUCCCCCUCUGAGCCUCGUUUGGGAGAAAAGAGCUCUCCGGUGUCUGUGCAGCAAGGGAAAAGAGGAGAGCAAUUGCAGAAUCAGAGGAAAGCCCAAUGCACCCUUGCUGCUUCUGAAGCAAUAAGGGAGGGGGAGGAAUCCACCCUGUCGCUCUCCAAAUUCCCCAGGCCAAUUGCAUUGAACACUCUGGCACCUAAACCUCGGGGAAGAGCAGCUUCCCCUGGUGUGUUGGGGAUGGGGUGGGGGAUAUAUAUUUAGAUCUGUUGAAACCCAGAGGUUCCCCCUCACCUAUGAGGAGCAGGCUUCUUUGCCGAGAGGACAAUGCUAGUGUGAUGAGUUCCAGAGUGCCUCAGUACACAGGAGCUUUACUGCAAAUUGAAUUUUUCUGCAAAAAUGCCCACUGAUUCAUCUCCUGGAAGUGGAAACUUUCUGCCUUGUUGGCUCCUGUGGAAAAAGAAAUUGUAGAAUCAAUCCCUUGGUUUUUUGUGUGUUUUCUUUCAAAAGAGGAAGGUGAGAAUAGCCAUAAAUAGGAGAUUCAAGUGCAUCUGCCCAGAUAACUCCCACCUUGGAGAAGUUUAUGCUCUGAGUAUUUUAUUUUAUUUUAUUGGACUCAAAAGUGGGAGCACCUUCACAACUCUCCAUAUGCAUUGGUCAGCCUGAGGAGUGCUGAACUGCGGCAAGUUGGGAGCAUUAGACUGGGAGGAAUUUCGUCCUGCAUCCAGGGGGAUGAAACAAGCAGCAGACUGACUGGGGAGGGUAGAGUUGUGGAUUUAGGUUUUGCUGUCCUACAGCCUUCUCAAAUGACUGUGGCUUAAGAGACUUAAAAGCAAAUUGUGAAAUUUUAUUACCUAUACUGGCCACCACCUCGGAGGGCAAGUGGUGACGUAAAGGAAAGAGAAAUUAUAUAUAAAAUCACUUAGUGAUUUAAAAAAACAAACACCCUUCUCCCUAAAUAAAACUCCCUAAAGAAAGUCACUAUUGUUUAAAAGGGUUUGGUUCUUUUGUGUUUUGUUUUGUUUUUUUGAAGAAAUUGUAAAUAUAUAUUUUUUGUUGCUAA